UUGUCACUUUUAGUCAAUGUCAAAUUUGAUUCACAUUGGAUUUCUUUUGAUCAGAAUAAUGUGUUUUUAAUUCUAAUAUUUUUAACACAGCGCCUAAACAUACAAUAUGUUUAGAAGUCGUAUUUUAUCCCGAGUUCUAUGGCAACAGCGUUUUCAUAUAAAAGAUUAUGCAAAGCCAGGGCCUGUUAUUAGUGUUGUCCCUGGGAUUUUUCCAGUGAGGGAACAGAAUACAGUAGCAGUGGAAGAUAGCUAUGUAAAGAAAUUCAUGAAAGCUGUCGGUUGGAUGGACCAGUCAAGGACACGUUUAAAACUCACAGGUUAUUUUCUCUAUGAAAGUGUGCCAGACAAAGUAGCAUACAUGGAAUGGUUUGAAAAUCUCAAUCUGCCCGAUACCUUUGCUACAUGGUUCACAAUAACAGAGCUGCAUGUGUGGCUGCUGCUGGUCCGUUACAUGGCGGAAGAUGUUGUGCCCAGUAAAGAAGAGAAGAAGAAAUAUAUCAAAGGGGAUGGAUCUUUUGUAAGAAACUGUAUAAUCGAGGCACUGUGGGCUGAUGUUGGAAAUAGAAUCAAGUUGUUGGAGGGAGCAAACCCAGCUAUAGCUAGAAAACAGGUGUCAGAGCUGUCUGAGCAGUUCCAAGCUGCCCUUGUGGGCUACGAUGAAGGCCUCUCUGAUGACCGUCUGUUAGCCGCCGCUGUGUGGAGGAGGUUCUAUUCCAUGUCUGAUGACACGCAAGUUGAACAUGUUGAGAGGAUUGUCCAUUUUAUUAGACAUCAGUUAAAAGUACUCGACAAAAUACCGAGUGAAGACCUGAAGUGGAAACCCGAAAUUACCUGGUUAAGUAUACUUAAACAUUAGUAUAUAACUUAUUGAUUUGUUUAUAGUCUGUAAAAUAUGUAGUUAUGUAAAAAUAAAAUGAAAGGAUUGUUAUCUACA